UCAAAGGCAGAUGGGUUGCACCCGUCAACAAAGCGCUGGGCUCGCAUGAGUGCUGUCCGAGGUCGAAGGUGUUUAGUUGAUGGUUUGUAAAUUGGAAAUGAGUCGGGGUUUUUUUCUCUCUCUCCCUCCCAUACUGUUUUAUUUAUUUUAUUAUUAUUAUUAGUUUUUGGGGAUGGGGGGGAUUUAAUGCACUGGCGUAUCCCGGUGGUUGCCUGGUAACGCGCUGGCAGUGGGCGCCGUAGAGAGAUCUGUGUGGUGGGCGCUCCAUUAAAACCGUUGGCGCUCCUGACCUUGGCGUCGUGAAUGCGCAAAGCACACAGGCUGUGCGAAGUGGCAGAUAAGAGCGAAGAUCCGUGUGUUUGAUAUCCUAAAACCGGAGGAAUAUUCUACACAGAUCCCCCACCACCACCGCCACUUCCACCGUCACCUCCUUCUCCCCUUUCUCCAGCUCCUCGUCUUGCAUCCUGACUAACGGGAAUGGUAUGGAGGAAAAUGUUGGGAUGGAGCGCGUUUCAGCUGGUGUAGAAGCAGAUCUAUACGCACUGCCAUGAAAACACGUAGCAGGGCAGAUCCAUUCCUGACCGAGGCGCAUCCGCAUUCGAUAACUAUUGGAUUUCAAGACGAAUCGAGUGAUGCCUGUUUGACUGGGUCAGUGCAGCGGGUCUAAUCAGACACUAGAGUGUGCAUUUGUGUUGUGUAACAGCACUGUCCUGCCCAGACCAUGUGGCUGGCUACACUCAAAGGCCAUCUGGCGCCUGCACACCUGCUCCAUCAGCAAGGGACUGCAACCGUCGCUCACUGUGCUCUUCUUUGGUGGAUGUUAUGCUCCUCCUGGUCUUUGACCAAAGCCACAAGCCAGAAAUUCUACCCAACUGUGACCACCCAGUUUGGGAAACUGCGGGGCCUCCGGGUGCCCGUGCCCAGCGAGGUCCUCAGACCCGUCGAUCAGUACCUCGGGGUCCCCUACGCCGCUCCGCCCGUCGGCGAGAAGCGCUUCAUGCCCCCCGAGCAGCCCUCGCCGUGGUCCGGGGUCAAGAAUGCGACCCACUUCAUGCCCGUGUGCCCGCAGAACAUCCACAACACGGCGCCGGAGAUUAUGAUGCCCAUAUGGUUCACCUAUAACCUGGACACAGUAGCCACGUACAUUCAAGAUCAGAGCGAGGACUGUUUGUACCUGAACAUCUACGCGCCGACGGAGGAUGGUGAGUGGGUGGGGUAAAAAAAAAUAC